UCUCAUUCCAGCACGCUUGGUGGGGACUCUCAGGGGAUAGCCCUGCCUGUUUCCCUGCCUGUCAACCACAACCGGCUCGGCUUAAAGAGUGCUGCUACUACCCUUGUUGUUGUGGUCACAGGUUUUAAUGGCAUUGGCUUGAUGGGGGCAUCAAAGUGAUGGUCUAAGUGCUCACAGUCACAGAAGUGCUUGUGUGGGGAAUGUUGCGCUGGACGGUGCACCUAGAAGGAGGGCCACGGAGAGUCAACCAUGCUGCUGUGGCAGUGGGGCACAAGGUGUACUCCUUUGGAGGCUACUGCUCCGGGGAGGACUAUGAGACACUCCGCCAGAUUGAUGUGCACGUCUUCAACACAGUGUCAUUGCGCUGGAUGAAGUUGCCUCCAGUGAGGAUUGCAGGUCAUGAACGUGUCCGUGAAGUGCCAUAUAUGCGUUAUGGCCACACAGCUGUGCUGCUGGAUGAUACUAUCUACCUCUGGGGCGGGCGUAACGACACAGAGGGGGCCUGCAAUGUGCUCUAUGCUUUUGAUGUCAAUAACCACAGAUGGUACACACCCAAGACUUCAGGGACUGUUCCAGGAGCAAGGGAUGGCCACUCGGCCUGUGUUCUGGGGAAGGCAAUGUAUAUAUUUGGAGGAUAUGAACAGCUGGCUGACUGCUUCUCCAAUGACAUCCACAAGCUGGAUACCACUAGCAUGGUUUGGUCACUAAUUAAUGCCAGAGGCACCCCAGCACGCUGGAGAGACUUCCACUCAGCUACCAUCAUCGGGACAAAAAUGUUUGUGUUUGGAGGGCGGGCAGAUCGCCUUGGUCCCUUCCACUCCAACAAUGAGGUCUACUGCAAUAAGAUCAGAGUGUUUGACACAGAGACCAACUGCUGGCUGACCACCCCUUCAACACAACCAUUGCCAGAGGGACGCAGGAGUCAUUCAGCCUUUUCCUACAAUGGAGAGCUGUACAUAUUUGGAGGAUACAAUUCCCACAUGGAACGACACUUCAACGACCUUUGGAAAUUCAAUCCAGAAAACUUUACGUGGAAGAAAGUUGAACCUAAAGGGAAAGGUCCAUGCCCUCGAAGGCGGCAGUGCUGCUGUAUGGUUGGAGAUCGAAUCAUCCUCUUUGGAGGAACCAGCCCCUGCCCAGAACAAGGAAUGGGAGAUGAAUUCAACCUCAUGGAUCAUUCAGACCUGUAUAUCCUAGACUUCAGCCCUAAUUUGAAGACUUUAUGCAAAAUAGCUGUCAUUCAGUACAGUCUGGAGCAGUCGGGACUCCCGCAUGAUAUCAGGUGGGAACUGGCAGCCAUGACAACCAACAGCAACAUCAGUAGGCCCAUCUUCUCCUCCCAUGGCUGAAGAAGCUAAAAGUGAAGCAGAACCCAGACUCUGUUUCAGGACGCUGGGCUUUUAUCUUUCUAAUCAAGGACUGUUUUUGUAUAGUCUGGAUCUCUAUCCGAUUUUAUUUUACACACUCUACAAAGUGAGAACUUUUACUGACCAAAACAUCCCACACGAGACUCCCUCGGACACCGUGGACUUUGCCAAGUCGAGGUAUAUUUGAACCCUUAAGAUGGAAAUUGUUGAUGCCUGUUCACCUUUUUUCUCUUCUUUCUAGCCUCUCUAGAAAUUCAAUCAGCCUAUGAUAAUCAUAGACUUCUAAUCUUAAGCACAGGAGGAGACGAGAACUUCAGCCAAAGGUUUUGAGAGAUAGUCUCUUGGAGGAUUGUCGUCCAGAUGUCACACUCAUGCAAAUGUGAACCUUCUGUUUCAGAUGUAAAGGGACUGAGAUGGUUAUGUUACUUGCAGCUUUAGCUUAAUCGGUCAUGUACAGCUAUCAGGUUCACGGGCAGAUGGAGCUGGUAGGUGUUGAAUAGAAGGAGAAUAUUCUGCAAUACUGGAGUGUAAUGAUUGCAAAAUAUUGGGCUGGUUUUCAUUGCUGGGCCAUUUCCCUUCAUUAUAAUUCUGAUGGUAUCCCACUUCUUGAGUGGCUACAAGUUGAUUUGCAAGGCAGCCAAUGAAAACUGUCUGCCUUGUAAAGUACUCAAGUGCUUCUACCUCCCUGAAUAUCAUUGGGUCUCUUGGAUUUCCCCUACAUUGAACUCCUACUUUCCCCAGA